GCAGAAUUAAGUGCAGCAUGCAUCCUCUGAUGAAACAAUGGCAAGCAAAUGGAGAAGAUCAAGGGACACAGCUAAUGGUAGCAAUCUCAAAUAUUCUCCGAUCACUUUGGUGACACCUUUCUUAAGAUCAAAUGGCUAAUGAAGCAAGGAAUGCAUUAUUAGACCCAGAGGAGAACAAAACAGAGGUUAAACCAGAGAGGACAUUCAAUUGCCAAUAUUGUGAUCGCAUCUUCACAAGCUCGCAAGCAUUGGGUGGCCAUCAAAAUGGCCAUCGAAGGGAACGAGAUGCUGCCAAGAUUGCUGAACAUGAAGCUGAGAUCUUCAACAAGCAUCCCCAACUCCUUCCCAUGUUCUCACCCCAAACUCAUCUCCACACAACUCAAUCUUCCACACCUGCUGCUAGAAGCCACUUCCGUCCAUGGAUUCACCCUCCUUAUCACCCAGAGCCGCGACAAUCUUGUUAUCACCCUUAUCAUUUGCCAUCAAGGAUUGAUCCAAGGUAUUCUCUGCCGCAAUCUUUCUCAGCUUCUCCUUAUGAUCAGCACUUGGCAAGAGAAGAGCAAUGGAGAUUUGCAAACUGGCAAAGGAAAUAUAACCCGAGAUAUGCUGGCACAUCCAGGACCAUGAAAGAAUCAAAUGUAGAACAGCAAAAUAUGAUGGUGCCAUUGCCUGCAAGCUUAAACUCUGCAUUCGAGCGUGGGAAUAAUGAGGAUGGUAAGUCUGCCAAGGAAGGAGAGAUCGAGGAUGGUAAGUCUGCCAACGAAGGGGAGAUUGAUCUUACUCUUCAUCUCUGAAUGGUGGUUAACUGAAGAUCACUUUUUGUGGAAGAAUCGCUAGUUUUUGAACAUGAGCUACAAUAUGUUAUCCUGUUUUCUUGCUUGUUACUGGAUUAUGGUUAUAGUUGGUGAGUUGAGAAGUGCUUAAAUUAUAUUAUACAUGGUUUGGCAACGGAUUAUAGUGGAUCUUGAUAUAUAUUGUCAUUCUAUUUUCGAUAUGAAAGUUUUCAUUGUUGGAACUUUCAUCUCUUUCUAUAUGUAUUUAUGCGGAUAAUUGUUUUGCUGAGUUGACAAAGGGUUUAUUUAGGUGAAAAUUUUCAUUGUUGGAACUUU